GAACACAUCGCGUUCUCCUCCUCCUCUAUUUGCCAUCAAGUACAUAUCAUUCAUCCUAAUCGGAACAAAUGGGGAGAGAGGGCCUCCACUUCUCCUCCUUCUCUGUCUCUGAGGAGCAUCAUCGUUCUCAUCGGAAACACGUGAAAGGAUCCCUAUUUCUGAUUGUCUUCUCCUCCUUCUCUCUCUACGAUCAUUGAACAGUUCAAGCAUUAAUCGUCUCCAGAUUCUAAAAGGUAAAUCCUCAAUCUGUUUGCUAGAUUUUGGGCUAGAUUCACAAAGAAAUUCCAUUGGUAGAAAAUAAAAUCUAGUCCAUUUUUUCCUUUCUGCAAUCAUUUAUCAGUUGUUUGGCAAGAAUCCGAGGAAACUACAAUUUGAGGCAGAUAUGAACCGCCUUUUCCUAUAUACCAGCUACAAUGGGAAAGGACGCUGAUGAGGCAGAGAUGUAGACGAGGUUAUUGGCAUGGCUAAUAAAGCCUCUGUUGAUGAUCAACAGAAACAAGUCCAGGAGAUAAACAUCCUGGUUUGUUAUCUAAAGUAUGGACACUUCCUAGAUUAGUGAGAUAGAGGACAAUGCCGAUGAAGGAGAUGGUCCGGGAAGACGAGAAACUAACUCUUUGAUUGUUCAAAGGCAUCUUACUGGUACUGACAGAGCCAAUAUUUCUCUGCUUGGCCGAGUUUAUGAUGAUUUGAAGAUACUGAUAGCCAAUAUGCCUAAUGUUUGCAUAGGCCAUGUGCGUAGGGAAGCCAAUACUGCUGCACAUAUGUUGGCAGCUCACUCUAGUAGUGUUGGCCAUUGUACAUACUAGGGAAGUCUUAACUAGGUUUGGCACUAUCGGCUGGGCACCAUCGGUACUCCUAGGUACUAUGCCGUGGGCCGGGUUCACGACCCACCAUGGCGGGACUCAUAGGGGAUGUCACCCUGGGCACCCAGGGCCCGGGGCAAGGCAAGCACAGCCCAUCUGAUUACACAGCAGAAGGUUGAUGGGGCAUCAGGAGAACAACCUGCGUCCCACAUCGAAGAUAGGGGAAACUCCUUUCCCAUGCUCGAGUAUUAAAGCAUCAGUACAACUACCUUUUACGGGUAAUAACUCCUUUAUCCACUAUUUACUUGAUACACUUAUAUAUUAGUUUCUCACUCAGGCAUCGGAGAGGUGUAAACCGUCCGGUACGGUUUACCCUUCUAACGAUGUGUUCUUGAUUCAGGAUCUAGGAGUUGGAUCGGUACCCCAGACGGUACAGCAUUCUGUGUGAGGUACCCGGAGAAAGCCACCAGAAACAGCCAUUGUUUUAAGUUCUCUUCAGUUCCUCCUUUUCUUACAUAUGUAAUAGCUUAUAGCUCUUCAAUAAAGUUUUGACCUCUUUCAUCUCAAAAAGAAAAAAAAAGAGCUAUAUAACCAAACAAAUGACAAAAACAAAAGAUGACGCUCUCUUCUCUCUCGAGACAAACCCUAAGGUCGAAACCGGCCUUGAGUGGCGGCGGCGGCGGCACAACAAAAUUUCUGACUCUCGGCAGAGAGGUUUCUCAGCCACGUUGUGGCUCUGCAUCUUGGAUUUGGAAGGGCGGCGAUGUCUCUCUUUCUUCUCCCUUUCUUGGUGACGGCAGUGCUUGGCUCCGACGUCCCUUGAAUCUAUGUUUGGAUCCGUUUUGUCUACUAGAUGGAUCAGAUAUGCUGCAGGCAGCCAUCUUGGCUGAGAUGGCGCGAGUUUCAUUGCAUUCAACCUCGUCGGCGGUAGGCAGGGCAGGGCUAUUCGCUGCCGUAUUUGGGUUAGGUGAUGUGGGACAGGGAAUCGGUGAUGACUGGAUUGUUCAGGCCGGCUUGGAUUCAGAUCCGAUCACAUGGGAGGCUGAGGAUGACGUGCUCGGUGGUGAACCGGAUUCCCUUUUGGCGGCAAUGAUUGCAGCUGGGCUGCAGUUAGACUGGGACGGUGAUGAUGGUGACCUUUCUCCUAUGCUGGACGGCGGCGAAGGGAAAGGCUGUGGCGGCAGUGGUGGUGGUGGUCCUGCUGAGGGUGGCGGCUGUUUGGUCGCUAGGAAUGCUAGGGUUUGUUUCUGGGCUCUAAGACUGUUGGGCCUGGAGUGGACUUCUGCUCAUGGUUGGAGUCUUUGGGCUUACUUUUGGACGGUGGACUUCCUGUGUGCUGUUUGGGUCUCUUGCUGGGCUAUGUUUGACUGGGGAUUCUCAAGUUGGGCUGCUCUGAUGAAUGAAGAUGGAGUGGAUGAUGAUACGUCAUCCUCUACUCCUAAUUUUAUUUAAUUUUUGAUCUUGGUCGCAGAAACCAGUAGCUCUGAGGGUUUUUAUUCUUGCUUCGGAAUUUCUAGGUUUUUGUUUGAAAUAAUGGCGCGUGAACUUCCUACAAGGUGGGUGUACUGGGGGUAUACUGGGUUCUUGUUCUUGUUUAGAAUAGGAGUCUUAGGGUGCUCUGAGGAACGAUUCUUUCUGUCGACCCCAUAGGGGUGUUUCGUUUUUGUACUGCUUGCUGAAUCAAUAUA